AUGUCCGACGCAGACUUCGAGACUGUCCGAAAGCUCCAGGCGGAGCGCAACGCUGCCGCCGCUGCGAAGAAGGGUUCGACCACUUUCGACCCGAACAAUCAACGUGCCGACGCCGGCACCAAGCAGAAACUCACCGAUAGCUUCGACAACGAUCUGUACGAUCGAAAUGGCGUCGACAAGUUUGCCGGAUACAACACGUCCAUCCCGGCCGGCGAUGACGAUGACGACGAGAUGGAAGGUACCGACGACACGCGCCGUCUCGUUGGCCAGUACACGGCAUCGCGUGAAAUGAUUGACGAGUUUGCACGCGGCGAUGGCGUCGAAGAGGAUGACCCCUUGACUGGCCGAGGCGAGAAGAGCGACAGGAUUACCGAUCGCGAGACAGACUACCAAAAGCGCCGAUUCGAUCGCGGCCUCUCCCCUUCCCGAACCGACGCCUUUGCCAACGGAGACAACAAGAACGGCGAUAGCUACCGCGAGAUCAUGCAGCGGAGAGAGCUUGAGAGAGAGGAGGAACGCGUCGCAAGGGAAAUCCAGGCCAAGACUGCGAAGGGUCCCGAAGAAGACGGCAACGUCGCCCCGGCGACUCUGAGGGACGACGAUAAGGAAAACGCGGAAGCUGGCUCUACCGAUGCUGUCUCUGCUGGGAGGAAGCGCAAGAAGAGGUGGGAUGUCGCGACCACGACAGCUGACGAGGAAGCUGCUCAGCCUUCUGAGCCCGCCAAGUCGAAGCGCUCGCGUUGGGAUCAGGCCCCUUCUCUGGACUCCGCAGAACCAAAGAAACGGUCGAGAUGGGAUCAGGCCCCUUCGGCUACUCCAAUGGGCAACCAGGGUCUCGCCACACCAAUGCACCCGUCGCAAGCGGGAAGCGCAGCGUUGCCUACGACUUUCGGGACGGACAUCUCAGGACGCAACGCGGCCAUCAGUGACGAAGAGUUGGACGCGCUUCUUCCGGGCGAAGACCAGGGAUACAAGAUUCUCGAGCCACCGCCAGGAUACGCUCCGAUUCGCGCGCCUGCUCACAAGCUCAUGGCAACACCAGCACCGCAAACUGGUUUCAUGAUGCAGGAUCCUGACGCCGUUAGGUUGAGCGGAAAGCCUGUGCCGGCAGAAAUCCCAGGCAUUGGCGACCUGCAGUUCUUCAAGGCCGAGGACAUGGCAUACUUCGGUAAGCUGACCGACGGCUCUGACGAGAACAGCUUGAGCGUGGACGAGAUGAAGGAGAGGAAGAUCAUGAGACUGCUCUUGAAAGUCAAGAAUGGUACUCCUCCAAUGCGUAAAACUGCUCUGAGACAGCUCACCGACAAUGCCAGGCAGUUUGGAGCCGGUCCGCUCUUCGACCAGAUUCUUCCCCUGCUCAUGGAGAAGACUUUGGAAGACCAGGAGCGUCACUUGCUCGUCAAGGUUAUCGACCGUAUUCUCUACAAGCUGGAUGAUUUGGUGCGGCCAUAUGUUCACAAGAUCUUGGUCGUUAUCGAGCCGCUGCUCAUCGACCAAGAUUACUACGCCAGAGUCGAAGGUCGUGAGAUCAUUUCCAACCUCAGUAAAGCGGCUGGUUUGGCCACCAUGAUCAGCACAAUGAGACCAGAUAUCGACCACGUCGACGAGUACGUGCGAAACACCACCGCAAGAGCAUUCGCCGUGGUAGCAUCUGCUCUUGGUAUUCCGGCCCUGCUACCUUUCCUUCGCGCAGUGUGUCGCAGCAAGAAGUCAUGGCAGGCCCGUCAUACCGGAGUCAAGAUUGUGCAGCAAAUCCCUAUCCUAAUGGGCUGCGCCGUCCUACCGCACCUCAAGGGCUUGGUCGACUGCAUCGGUCCCAACCUGAACGAUGAGCAAACGAAGGUCAGGACAGUCACCAGUUUGGCUAUUGCUGCGCUUGCCGAAGCUUCGAACCCCUACGGUAUUGAGAGCUUCGACGAUAUUCUCAACCCGCUAUGGACAGGAGCUCGCAAACAGAGAGGCAAAGGUCUGGCUGGUUUCCUCAAGGCUGUCGGCUUCAUCAUUCCGUUGAUGGACGAGGAAUAUGCCAACUACUACACCAGUCAGAUCAUGGAGAUUCUCCUUCGCGAGUUUUCCUCUCCCGACGAGGAGAUGAAGAAGGUUGUCCUGAAGGUUGUCUCUCAGUGCGCUGGUACUGAUGGUGUCACCGCAGGCUACCUCAAGGAGCAUGUGUUGGACGAGUUCUUCAAGAGCUUCUGGGUGAGAAGAAUGGCUUUGGACAAGCGCAACUACAGACAGGUUGUGGAGACUACUGUCGACAUUGGCCAGAAGGUCGGCGUCAGCGAGAUUCUGGAAAGAAUCGUAGUGAACCUCAAGGAUGAGAGUGAGGCCUACAGGAAGAUGACCGUCGAGACGGUGGAGAAGAUCGUCGCUAGUUUGGGCGCAGCAGACAUUGGCGAGCGUCUCGAGGAGCGUUUGAUCGAUGGUAUUCUACACUCGUUCCAGGAACAAAGUGUGGAAGACAUUGUCAUGCUCAACGGUUUCGGCUCCGUCGUCAACGCCCUUGGAUCGCGCUGCAAGCCAUACCUGCCCCAGAUCGUCAGUACCAUCCUCUGGCGGUUGAACAACAAGUCAGCAACGGUACGGCAGCAAGCAGCCGACCUCAUCUCACGCAUCGCCAUGGUCAUGAAGCAAUGCGGAGAGGAUGCCUUGAUGGGCAAGCUGGGUAUCGUUCUCUACGAAUAUCUAGGUGAGGAGUACCCCGAGGUACUGGGCUCCAUCCUGGGAGCCUUGAGAUCGAUCGUCACGGUUGUUGGUAUUACACAGAUGCAGCCCCCUAUCAAGGACUUAUUGCCAAGACUCACCCCUAUUCUGCGCAACCGACACGAGAAGGUCCAAGAAAACACCAUUGACCUGGUCGGUCGUAUUGCCGACCGCGGCCCCGAGAGUGUGAACGCCCGCGAGUGGAUGCGUAUCUGCUUCGAGCUCCUUGACAUGCUGAAGGCACACAAGAAGGGCAUCCGUCGUGCCGCCAACAACACAUUCGGUUUCAUCGCCAAGGCCAUCGGUCCCCAGGAUGUGCUCGCCACGCUGCUGAACAACCUUCGCGUGCAGGAGCGUCAGUCUCGUGUCAACACAGCUGUUGCCAUUGGUAUCGUUGCCGAGACUUGCGCGCCCUUCACCGUUCUUCCCGCCCUUAUGAACGAGUACCGCGUUCCCGAGCUCAACGUGCAAAACGGUGUGCUCAAGUCCCUCUCUUUCCUGUUCGAGUACAUUGGUGAGAUGGCCAAGGACUACGUCUAUGCCGUCACUCCUCUGCUCGAGGACGCCCUCAUCGACCGCGACCAAGUACAUCGACAGACGGCCGCAUCUGUCGUCAAGCAUAUCGCGCUUGGCGUUGUCGGCCUGGGAUGUGAGGACGCAAUGGUUCAUCUCCUCAACCUCCUAUAUCCCAACCUCUUCGAAACGAGUCCACACGUCAUUGACCGUAUCAUCGAGGCCAUCGAGGCCAUCCGCAUGGCGGUUGGCCCCGGCAUUGUUCUCAACUAUGUAUGGGCAGGCCUGUUCCACCCUGCGCGCAAGGUACGCCAGCCUUACUGGCGGCUGUACAACGACGCGUACGUCCAGGGUGCCGAUGCCAUGGUACCAUACUAUCCCAACCUGGACGAGGAAAAGGUUGACAGGUCGGAGCUUGCAAUCAUGCUCUAA